AUGGUCGUUGACCUUGCCCCCAUACUACCAAUCGAACACAAGCUUCGCGAGCUUUCUUCCGGUCCUCGUGUUGAUAAUGAGCCUGUUUGGCAGUUUUUGGACCAUUGCGAGCAAAUGGAAGAACUUGCUCGGAAAGAACAGCGUGGGACCGAAGGUGGCAAUGAUAGAAAUGUCCCACUCUUUGGCCUAGGUUUGGACCGCGGCCGUGCUGUGCCACACCUAGGGUCGUUUCUCUAUGACGGUACUCGCAAGUCAGCUAUCCCGACAGAAAUGCUCAUCAACAAUGUCGGGGCGACGGUGGAAGUACGCAUUAGUGGGAGAAUGAUUGGACUUGGGAUCACUGAGGCUGAAUGGCGCAGUGAGGAAGCCCGUCUUGAGGCGGAAGUCAUUGAACGGAUUGAGCGCGAUGCGGAUCAGGGUAUAGCACCAACAUUAGCGCUAGACCGCGCAACCACAUCGAUUCCUGCAUCUGAUGAAUACUUUGGACGGUGGCGUCUCGGAUGGCGUGGACUAGAGCACGCUCGGAUUAACAGAGAAAUUCGUUUGACGCAUGCAUGGCACGAGCGACGUGCGCAGGAAUCCAUAAGAAACAAGCGCUUACGACGCUCUGUAUCGACGCGCGCACCACCCCGCUCGUCACCAUUCCCCGUACGUGCGGUUGAUGAUGCUGAAUUACAACGUGCUGGCUGGCAAUUUUGGGCACAGCCUAGCCUGGAACAUCGCAAGUUGUGGGGUACUGACGUUUACACGGACGACUCGGAUGUUUUAGCUAUGUGUGUGCAUGCGGGAUGGAUUGAGGCGCCACACAUUCCCGGUGUGCCAGAAUGGCUUUGUGGCGGUGGUUGUUUGCCUGUAGCUAAGGCGUGGAAAGCACUUAGUGUGAAAGAAGCCGAGCAAACUGGUGAGCCGAUGCCAGAGCCCACGCCGAGAGAACCUAUUCAUAUCGUGCCUUCAGCGACGUGUGACUUGUCAGUCAUUUUGCGCAUUGCACCGAAACUCGUUUUGUACAAGGGUUGUCACCGAGGAGGGAUUAAAAGCCGAAGCUGGGGAAAUACUCACGAUGGUGUUAGUUUGGUGGUGGAAAGUGUGGAACUGCGCCCGCCAAACUAUGCGACAGGAUGCGGCCGACGUUCAGCGAAGACUCGCAUCUCGCACAUGGCCAAACUUCGUCAAACGGCAUCUCAGGUACCGCCGUCAAGGUCGUUGCCACUCACAGCUAAGGUCUGCACUGACAGCCGCGGCAUUUCCCUAUCAUCACUGGUGCCUUGUGAUUCGCGUGUAUUUUGGGAUACGCAUCUAUGA